CAUGUGCAAGUCUGGAGGUCAAGCCAUCCAGGCGGCAGCCAUAGGUCUUGGCAUGCCUGCUGGCGGUGAUCGCAAACACCUCUCUAUUCACCAUCACCUUCAUUCGCACCUCUGUUCAUCGACUCUUUGCGGCGCUGCCGUGCUGCAGUCCGGGGACGACUUGCUCGCCUCAACAUGUUUGCCAAUCUACCCGAAACAGAGAGGGAAGCAUUCAAAGGGCUGCUGGAUGAGUACUUUGCCUCCCGUCCGCACCUGCUAGCAUCUGCCUCGACGUCCACAGCCACAUCGAGUACCCAGAGUCCCGUGCAGACGUACAAUCAGAUAUCAAGUCUGGCGAAUAGAGCGAGUCAGUUGGGCAUCGGUCAGAACGCGGGCAGCAAUGGACCUCCUCCACCUCCAGCAAGCCGCAAACCUGGGUCAGCACCUUUGGCGGGACUCAGCACUGGCAAGGCCAUCGGCGGCUUGAACACGACUUCGAAAGCUGCAGCUUUUGGAUCGAUGUUUGGUGGAUCGAAGAAAGGUGAUGCAGCAAGCCAGGAUGCGUCUUCUCCUCCUCCUCCCACUCGCUCCGCAGCACCACUCCCGCCAACUCGGAGAGGCCUAGGUAGAGCAGUCGCCCUGUACGACUACGAUGGAACAGAAGCGGAAGAUCUGCGGGUAGGGGAAGGGGAAGAGGUGGAGCUGAUGGAAAAAGUGUCAGAGGAUUGGUGGAGGGCCAAAAGCUCGGACGGCAGGCAAGGCAUCGUACCCAGCACAUAUCUCCGACUCUUGUGACAUGCGCGACUCUGCAAUCGCAUUGGGCACUGUUGACCUGACUGUUCUGAUAUGCGAGGAGGGUCUGCUAUUUUGCGCUGCGUGCGAUGCGGUGUGGUGCGGUGUUGUCAGGGCGCUGGGCGACCAGAGGUCAUUGCAGGAGCCAGGAGCGGGCGAGCAGAAUAUCGUCAGCUCCCUGGUCACAUCACUAGUGGUUAAUGCAAGAACGAGAGCUGCGG